AUGUCUCUCUACCGUGGUUGGGAUCGUGAGCUGUUGCGACGAGCUGGGACCGAGAUGAACCAAGUAGAGAGCUCGAGCGAUCAGUUCGUCCAACGUUCGAUGUCAUCCUUCACUCCAAUCAAUCCAAUUGCCCCACCUGUCCAAUUCAUCAGUUCCCAGAAAACACUUCACGAAAGAGAUAUCUACGAAAUUGUCGAAGUUCCUGCUGAACGACCGGACGUGGUAGUCCCAAAGAAACGUGGUCGUGCACAAAACAAGGGUCGCGCUGUAUCAGUUGAUCCUCUAUGGGAGUACGUCGACGAGGGUGACUUGGCUGGUCAAAACAAGGGCGGCGACUUCGAAACUACUUUCCCCAAAAGACGCAAAUCAGCUUCUGCGAAGAGAGCGAGUUCAUCAAAAGCUAUGCCGUAUACCUUGUCACAAUUCUCGAAGGUCGAUACUCAAGCUGAUAGUCUGGAUUACAAAGACCAGGCUGGUGCACAACUUACUACACUAGACUCUGGCAACAAUAAGAAAAAGAAAGCCGGAUCUGCCAAAGCUCAGACGACGAAAUCUAAGAUGGGCCCUUUUAAGCCACCGACUAUCACCAAGCCUGGAGCUUCUCGCAAAAAGGAUGCUGUCGAAGAUCCUGUGCAGACCAUGCCAAAUAGCUAUCUAGGACACGUAACUACGCAAGAGUCGGUGAAGCUGGCACAGACUACACUCGAUAAAUUAGCUGCUUUCAGAUACAUGCCUCCGUCUACAGCUGAACAAACAAAGGAAGCCUCAAGUGUUCAGCACAAUGUUCAGUCUCGAGCUGAGCCGAACAUCAGCAUCCGUGCGGCCGAGGAAGAGCUCUUCGAUCAUGCCACUGAGGGGGGAUUCAUGCUUGGAGAUGACGACCUAUCGCAUGAGCGAAAUCUUAACGAGCCAGGAGCAUAUGAAGGCUAUGCGAUCAUAGCCAAUCGCGAUUUGUCUAAGGUGCCAAUCGAGGACCACCCAGUCUCUGGAGAAGACGCCUUCUUCAACGACGUAACUUGGAAUGUCCAAGUAAGUGAUGAGCCUCAGUACAAUAUUCUGCCUACAGAAGAACAGCAUCAAUCGUCAGCCUCUGCACCGGAGCUUAUCGGCGAUCCGCACAUAGCAAAGUCACAUCUUCGAUUAGAAUCCCAGAGCCAGUGGCUGAAAACGACUCAUUCCAGUCGACAUGAAGAACGAAAUGAUUCGGGCUCCAUUGGUCGUCUGUGUGGCGUUGCAGUUCAUGGAGACCCUUCUUAUGGCUCAUCUCAAUUUGAACCAAAUUCGAGCGAGACGAGAGCUCUCCUGAGGGUCCUAGACAAUUCCCAGCCAGCUCAUCAAUUUCAGGACAACCUUUCCGAACAGUUUUCUGGAAGAGUGAACGAACCACCCGUGCCUCGGAACCUGCCCAACACGGACGACGAUAUGUUACAUGUAGCUAGUGAUACCCAGGCACCUGCGGGCGAACAUGAGCCAUCAUCUCAAGCUCUACCAGCUCUGGAUCCAGGCCACAAUCGUCGCACUGACCCAUCGAAGGAUGUCCAAGUGGAACGCUCAGAUCUAGAUGAUGCUAACAUGGUAAUGAUAGAUGUCUCUAAGGACUACGACCUUGAGGAUUUUGACGAAGGGUUGAAUGAUUCCGAUCUCAUGGACCUGGUGUCUCAGCCUGUCGUGCCAGCCACUCAAUCAAUCAUGGCAUCGGAACCGCUAUCCAGUGGACAUGGUGUUCUUCCCCAGAAGCAACUCGAGUCGCAAACUAAGGGCAGUGGCCAGAGGGUAUUGGUUCCUAGUCCGCAUGGCAUCCAACAUACAAGCACCUCAUCUCGUCCAUCGUCGCCCUUUAUUCUCGGUUCUGAUAUAGACGAUGAUUUUCCGCUCGAUGAAGAUAUGGAGGAAGAGAUGAUGAAUCUGGCAGACCCUGCUGGAGUUCUCGAGCGCUUCCAACCUCCACCAAGCUUGCAUUACUCUUCUGGAGAAGGAUCUGCAUCAGGUGAAGUAUACGACAGCUCUCUUCAAUUCUCGCCCCAAAAGCAUUACUUUCCUGCCGAGUCUGCAGGGCAGCAGAAAUUUCCGGAUAAUACAGCCAAUUCUCUAGCUGACUCUGAAGAUCUCCUGGACGAUGACGAGGAUUGGUCUUUCAUUCGAACAAACAAUGAGUCUACGGCUGAGAAAUAUACUCCCGACCGCCGACACUCUAAGAGGCCAAUCGUAUCACCUGCAGAGGAAGCAGAAGUCGUCGAAAUAUCUCCCGUCAGAUCUCAAGCGGUUUCUGGUGUCAGGCCAUCUUUUAGAAGACAGCCCUCUAUAAGUCAGUUGACCACAGAUACCACAAGCAUAAUUCUGGAUGAUAGUCAUGAGUAUGAACCGCUGAAGCCUUUCGCUCGACCAGACUUUCCAGGCUUGAUUCGAGAUCGGUCUCCUAUUGUCGGAUUGUCCUCACAAUCGUUCCUUCGAGUCUGCUUCAGAGUUGCUGAAAUGUUCAAGGAAGGGGCCAAGUGUCAUGCUUUAAAGGAGAAUGCUGUGAUCGAGCUCUACGCGCGAGUCAUUCUCUCCUCCCGUGAGCCCGGCACUACCAAGCAACACUUCCAGUUCGCGGAUCUCUGGCACGAUCGACCACCUCUCCCCAGCGGAAUCCUUGCCAAUUACAAGUCUCCGGAGCUUCUUCAAAGAGAGAGUGGGAAGUUCAUUGGGGCUUCAGAGGGCAUGAUGGCGAGGUGUUUCGGUAGACUCAAGAGAGAUUCCCAGAGUACAACGGGUUGGGUUCUGGAUAUCAUCAGCAUCCGGACGACUGAUUGGGAGGAGAUCAGAUGGACUAAGAGAAUUGUGAGUGCUGGGCUCAUGAAAUCCGAGUCUAAAGGUUUAUCGAAGUUGUGA